AGGAAAGGCACCGGGCUGGAAAGACCUAGUGUUCGUCUGAGAGGGUGCUGCAGCAUGAAAGUCUGCAGUAUUUCCUUCUGUUGAACCAGAAGUACAAGUGCUGUUUCAUCUCGUUGUACUUGUAUGGUUUCUUCAAUCAUCACUCCAAGCAACGUUUAAAGAAGUUCCGCAGCCUCCGUAGCAGAACCUUCAGGUUCUGUAACAGCUUCUUCCCUCAGGCCAUAAGACUCUUGAACGCUUCACAAUAAUCCCCUCAAUUCCCCCCCAAAACGGAUUAACUCGCUGGACUAUAAAGACAUUAUAACAUGCAUCCAUAAACGCAUAUGCAAAAGUGCAAUAUAUUUAUCUGUACAGUUAUCUAUUAAUUUAUAUCUGCACCUUGUUGUUCUUUCAUCCUGCACUACAACGAGCUAAUGCAACAAUAUUUUGUUGUUAUAUGUACUGUAAAGUUCAAAUUUGAAUGACAAUAAAAGGAAGUCUAAGUCUAAGUGUGCAUUAUUGUGCCAUCAACUGACCAAUAGAGAGUGUGGCUUGGAAUGACACAUACCUAUGCUUGGGAUUAACCACACCAUUAGGCAUAGAAGGCACAAGACAUACACAGACACCAAUUGAUCAAAACCAAAUUAAUCAAACUAUGAAAUUGAAAGCUCUUCUCAUGUCAAUUAAUAUAUGCAUGUUGAAAAGAAGCAUACAAUAUUAGAAAAAAAAAGUGUGUCAAGUCCUAAAAUGAACAAGUGGGUGGGGAAAACAAAAUGACAGAUGCAAACACAUUGUCAUUCCAUAUGUAUCAGGUCUAUAUGAAACAUUUAACACUUUUUCACCAACUUCAAACCAGGCAGCACCAUUUGGCAAUGGCUAGUGCACCCCAAAGACCAGACCCCCACACCCAGAAAAAUAAUCUGGUGUAUGCUGUCCAAUGUAGUGACACAUUUUAUAUAGAUAACACCGCUAGGGAUAGGAAUUGAUAAGAUUUUUCCGGUUCCGAUUCCACAUUUUCGAUUUUACUUAACAAGUCGGUUCAUUAUCGGUACUCUAAUCCAGUGGUUCCCAACCUUUUUUUGCAACACAGACCGGUUUAAUGUCGGCAUUAUUUUCAGGGACCGGCUUUCCACAUGUGCCAGAUAAAUACAGCAAAAAUAAGUGCAUGAAAAAUACUACUCACUGCAAUGCUGAACUAGUAAGAGCCUUGGGCUUGUUCCUUUACAAUGAGAUGUAGAUGGAAAUCAGCCUUUAGCUACAGUCUGUCACAUUUAUAUUUUAUAUGUUUAUUAAUGUGCUUCAUAUCAUGUCACAAAGUUAUACAAAAAAUAACAAAUGGCAACUUCCUAUGAGGAGUUUUAUUGUAUCUAUAAACAACUUUAUUGGUGUGUUUAGUGGGACAGGCAAACGUUAAGUCGCAGAAAAUGCAGUCAUUUAUUAAUUAUUUAAUGUUUCUCUGCGACCCGGUAGCAAAUGCGCCACGGACCGAUACCGGUCCCCGGUAAUCGAUUCUUUUUUGGGCAAAAAAGACAACAAAAACGUGGAUUAGCAUACAUUGUGUUUAGUUUAGAGUUAACAUGACCUCAUAAGCCUACAUUGAGGUCUUAAGAGCCACAUACAUACAAUAGAAAAAGAUAACCUUUUUUUAAAAUAAAUAUAGGAAAUUUAUAUUUUUCUGUAGAAUUUAACAAAUUAAAACUUAUGUGAAAAUUACACAAGAAUGUAACAUUUAGUGAUAACGUGCUAUUAACUCAUUACAUGCGAAGUGAGAGCAAUGUCAUGAUCUGGCAGCUCUGUCGGCUUUUUGUUGCAAAUGUUGGUAUCGGGACGGCGUGGCUCGGUUGGUAGAGUGGCCAUGCCUGCAACCACAGGGUUCCUGGUUUGAUCCCUGACUUUCGCCAUCCUAGUCACAUCCCUUGUGUCCUAGCUCCUGAUGGGUCGUGGUUAGGGCUUUGCAUGGCAGCUCCCGCCAUCAGUGUGUGAAUGUGUGUGUGAAUGGGUGAAUGUGGAAAUAGUGUCAAAGAAUACCUUGAAGGUAGAACAUUGCUGUACAAGUAUAACCCAUUUAAGUAAUUCCAGGGCCAGUAUUGCCGAUACCAAUACUUUUAAGUUGAAAAUGCCGGCUCAUUGAAUGAUUUUGUACUUUUGCCUUUAAUUAAUUGAUUAUAUGUAUGGUAGUAAUAAAACACAGAUUUAAACCGAAUAAGAAAAACAUAUUUAUUAACCAAAAGUUUCAAACAUGAACACAAAACUGGAGAACUGAGAAAUGCAAAUUCAUUUUAUUUUUUAUUUAUUUUUGAGUUCAUGUAAAACAAUGAAGAUUUAUUUCAACUAGGGAUGUCCGAUAAUGGCUUUUUUGCCGAUAUAUAAUAUUCCGAUAUUGUCCAACUCUUAAUUACCGAUACUGAUAUCAACCGAUACCGAUAUAUACAGUCGUGGAAUUAACACAUUAUUAUGCCUAAUUUGAACAACCAGGUAUGGUGAAGAAAAGGUCCUUUUUAAAAAUAAAAAUAAAAUAAAAUAAGAUAAAUAAAUUAAAAAAAAAUUUUGAAUAAAAAAGAAAGUAAAACAAUAUAAAACAGUUACAUAGAAACUAGUAAUUAAUCAAAAUGAGUCAAAUUAACUGUUAAAGGUUAAAACUAUUAGUGGACCAGCAGCACGCACAAUCAUGUGUGCUUACGGACUGUAUCCCUUGCAGACUGUAUUGAUAUAUAUUGAUAUAUAAUGUAGGAACCAGAAUAUUAAUAACAGAAAUAAACAACCCUUUUGUGUGAAUGUGUGUGAAUGAGUGUGAAUGAGUGUGAAUGAGUGUGAAUGAGGGUGAGGGAGGUUUUUUGGGUUGGUGCACUAAUUGUAAGUGUAUCUUGUGUUUUUAUGUUGAUUUAAUAAAAAUAAAAAAAAUAAUUAAAAAAAUCCCGAUACCGAUAAUAAAAAAAAAUGAUACCGAUAAUUUCCGAUAUUACAUUUUAAAACAUUUAUCGGGCGAUAUUAUCGGCAGGCCGAUAUUAUCGGCAGGGCGAUAUUAUCGGACAUCUCUGAUUUCAACGGAUGGUCAGCACAUGGUGGACUGGUCCGACGCGCGGCACAGUGCUUUUGUAGGGGUUAAGUAUGCUUUAGCUAACACUACCCUGCUGGCGCAUCCGUUACCUGAUGCUCCGAUUGCAAUCCCAACGGGCGCUUCAGAGUAUGCUGUAGGUGCAGUGCAUGAGCAGUGGGUGGGUGGCACUUGGCAACCCUUGGCUUUCUUUAGCACGCAGUUGCACCCCUGCGAGCGUAAAUAUAGCACAUUUGACUGUGAGCUCCUCAGCCUCUAUCUGGCCAUACGUCAUUUCCAUUCACUGCUUGAAGGAAGGCAUUUCACAGCUUUUGUGGACCACAAACCCCUCACUUUUGUGAUGGUCAAGACGGCCAAACCGUGGUCGGCUUGGCAACAGAGGCAUCUCUCCUACGUCUCAGAGUUUACGACGGACAUCCAGCAUCUUGCUGGUAAGACCGAUGUCGUUGCUGACUGCCUCUCCCAAGCCGUCACGGGCGCUGUCCAUGUAGGGCUCGAUUUUGCACAGAUGGCAGUUGACCAAGCCAACGACCCGGACAUCCGAGCUCUGACGGCUGCAGCCAAAGGGCUACAGUUGCCUGAGGUUUCAUUUGAGGACACAGGUGUUACGCUCCUUUGUGACAUCGCUACGGGUUGGCCAAGGCCCGUUGUGCCCGUUGUUUGGAGGCUGAGGGUGUUCGACUUGAUCCACGGUCUUUCCCAACUUUCCCAGCGGCUAGUAUUUGCAAAAUUCAUCUGGCGUGGACUGAAAAAGGACGUUAGGAGCUGGGCUGCCACAUGCGUGCCAUGCGAGUGCUCGAAAGUGCACUGCCACACCAGGGCUCCAGUGGCCACCGUUUAG